GUCACCGAUAUGCCAAACAUUACAGGUACUACACGCAGUUCUUCGGCUGUUUCACUUGAACCAAUAGACAUUUGGUACUGGACCAUCAGAGGAAUCAUCGCCGUUUUAACAAUCGCGGGAAAUGGCCUCGUCAUCUACUUCAUCGUUUUCAAACGGCGCCUGCGUGCCACCAAUAACUGGUUCGUGUUAUCCUUGGCAGUCGCGGACUUUUGCAUCGGUUUGUUCGCAACACCGAGUGGACUCGCUUGCGCGUUUCGGUUUCUGUGUGAUUGGCGGAUUCAGAUUACGUUUUACAAUUUUCUUCUCUUCGCUUCGACUUUGAACCUGUGGGCGAUGGCAAUAGACAGAUAUGUCGCCAUUGUACAUUCUCUGCGAUAUCCAUCACUCAUGACAACUACACGAGUCAUUUUAAUAAUAGCCAUGUCCUGGGCCAUCUCAUUUCUUGCUACAUUUGUUCGCCUACUUUGGCUGUAUGACAGCCACCUUAGAGGAGUGAUCGAGAAAUAUUAUAUUGUCAUCAUUGAUAUUUUUUUCGGUGUUUUCUCAUGUGUGGUGUUACUGACUGUUUAUGCCCGCAUUCUGUGUAUUUCUCGAAAAAUUAGCAGACAGUCAGCUGCACAGGUGAAUCAGGUCAUUUACAAUCACGCACCGUCUGUCUCAGCGAGACGAGCACGGAGAAAUUCCUCUGCAAAGGUUCUUGGAUGUAUGGUUUUAUUGUUUGUAGUCUGUUACAGCCUUGGUAUCUAUAUUUCGUUUUGCACAAAUUUUAAGCUUUGCCCUGUAAAUCCACUUGUCGCUUCCCUCUCUUUGCUGCUAGUACACUGUAAUUCUGCUGUCAACUUUGCUGUGUAUGCAUUCAUGAAAAGUGAUAUUCGGAUGGAACUGAUGCGCCUUUGUCGAUUUGGCAAGGCUAGGGAACUUAGUACGGCAUCGCGAGAAUUCUCUUUAUCCUAGCUAGAAAUUUAAUUUGAUCCCUACUAUAUUAUUCACUGUACAUAUGGACACCGGUACCCUGUCUCCCUCAAAACAAACAUGCUCCAUUAUUGUAUUGGUCUUUUUCUCACGUUCCUGUAUGCUCCGAAAUAUCCUUCAUUAUUUUGGAGAACGUCGGUUAGUUUUAAAAUAAAUCAAUAUUCUUCCAUAUUCUAAGGCAUAAUGUUUUAUAUACAUUCUGACCAAAUGACCAGGCAAGCCAAAAUAAUCACAUCUAUUCGCAUAAACUAUAUUAACCUAGAUGUCAAAUAAUGAGUGUAAAUAAAGCGACUGUCAUCAACAAACGUCGACAGGGAUGAUAAAAUAUUGGUUUGUCAUUGAAUAUGCCUUAUAAAACUCUUGAUUGUAUUGCAUGAUAUGGAAUGGAUUCUAAGGCAGAAUCCUGUGGAAACGUGUGGAAAGGUGAAGAAAUCAUUGUCAGAAGUUCAAAGAAAAGCAGCCCCCUCCUGUGCAAGGUAUCAGAUUCUUUCAAGAGCUUUGUGGGUGGCUCAAAUUUAGACAAUUUACUGUCACUCUCUGAAGAGAUAGAGAAAAUUAAAGCGGAAAAAAAAGUAUAUGUAUAAAAUUAAUUUUCUGACAUGAAGGUUCUGUCAUACUUUUUUUCCGGGGUUUUCCGGGUGACCAAAGCGACAAAUGCUUACCUCUAUACAGAAGAACGACCCGCUCUCAGCCUUUUACGUAGGGAUGUACCGAGGCUUCCUCUUACGACUGAUUCACUUAACAAAAAGUUCAGACUGUGUCUUGAAGAAAGGAUAAGCUGAAAAAUCAUGAUCAAUUCUGUGUACAUUAGUUUUCCAUUUUUAAACCAACAAAUACUCCAUUUAUCUCUCGUAAUUUCUCAUCAAUCUAUCUCUGUCAAUGUAUUCAUGGCAAAAAUCUAGUUCUUAAGUUUAUUCUGA